GUCGACCUGAACGUUCACAUUUGCGUAUCAUUGUCAGUAGCAUGGUCAAGCCCGCAUACAAGAAGGGUAGAGCUGCAGGGCUCUAUCCUUUUUUGUACCAUGCGUACUCUGCGUCGAGGCUGACGGGUGGCAAGUAGUGUCAGCCUCUCCCACCGAACAUAUAACGGACCAACGAGACUUGGUACUGUCUCCCGCAUACUUUCAUCGACUCAUCACGACCAACGGCCGCGACCACUAGCACUCGAGCUCGCGUCCAACAUGCUAUCACUACUCGAUGUGAUAUUUACGCUCUGGCGCAUCAUAUCGCGCCAUCCCAAAUCUCACGUCGCCCAGCUUCUCCUCAUAUGUGCUCUCUCUCGUAUUUACGCACUCAGCGUUGCCAUUAACCUCGGACUUCUGGAUCUGCGACGCCUCUUCAUCGAUCCAAAUUACACACUCCCACUCAGCAGAGUCCUCGCACCCGAACUCCAUGGUUUUCGCGGCGUCCUAUGGAUGGUCAACGCUUGGCAAGUUCCUUAUCUCCUUGUGUCCUGCGCCUGGGAGUACAGACAUCAUGACGACGAUGUUGUAUUCUUGCUCGGUGACCUGGCAGGCAACUGGCGGCUUGUGAUCGGUUUCGUCUGCAAGUACUCCAUCGCCGGCAGCAUCAUGACCGUCAUUGCACACAUUCUAAUCGUCCUCGGUGUGGCCGAGAAUAUCCGAUAUGGUGCCGAAGUGCUGUUAAUACUGGUGCUCUGGACCUGGAUUCUCACCGUAGUUGUCAUCUGGCCUCUUGUGAAGUCGAUCAUGCUUUCCCGGGACGUUGAGUUGCCUUGGACGGGGAAGUGGACGGUCGGUAUCCUUGCUGCGGCAAUGCCAAUUUUGCUAGAGGAUAUUCCUCCUGACAGCGACUGUCCAAUUUGUUACCAGUCGCUGGGAGAGCUUUUCGAUGAAGCGCAAGACGUCGCCAUAAUUCCUCAAUGUGAGCACGUAUUCUGCCAUGCGUGCAUCAGUAAAUGGAUCUGCAAUGGGCAUGGCUCUUGCCCAUUGUGCCGCUACGACUUCAUUGAGGACCUCAUCGAUAUCUGCGAAGACGACAAGACUUGGGAUUUUCAGCAUCCGGGCACCGUGACAGGUUAUCCGACGGCGCCAGCCUUGUCCAUGUCGGUGUCGCUCGAGGCACUCCGCAACCGACUCGUUGCACUCUUCGGUCUAGUCAUGACAUCCCCCUACCGAGUUGUCACAAGAUGCCUGGCGACGUUCCUCUACGGGAUCAAGACACUCUUCGACCCACUCGUUACCCUCUCCUACCAACUCGUGGCGCUCUUUCAUCGAAUCACAGCGUUCGUGGACAGUCUUACUGCGCUAUGGGAUGAAACGGCGCCAGCCCCACAAGAGCCAAUCGUGCUCACGGACGAGCAACAUUUCGACAAUAUCUUCUUCGACCGACAGCACCGGUAUCACGUCCCCUCAGAAUCACACGAGGGCCGUCACGGGCGUAUCGAGGAGCUCCUAACGACCAUGGAACAACGCAGUGCCGCUCGCAUGGACAAACUGGCUCGGCAAGACAGACUCUUGCAGAGCCUCGAGCAGCGUAUGUUGUCUCUCGACCGCCGGAUCGGCGGAACGACGGACAGGGGAGCGCUGCGCGGUAGUGCGCAUCGCCCCGGCUUUUGAGCCAUGGUAUCGACGUGUCCGUUUGACUGCCCGGUGCAAGGGUCAGACGGAUUCGUCGCUAGGGAGGGCAAGAGGCGCAUGGGACAAAGCCAAGACCCGUAGCUGGACUCGGACGAGCAGUAGAUGAUGGUCAAGACUGUGUCAUUGUUGUGGAUAUUGCAAUACUUCUGGGGUCUGCCCAGUCAAGUUACGCACACCCGGCUUGGGCGAGUCCGGGUG